AUGCUGUCACCCACAGGGGGUGGCCCUGUCACCUGCGGGGGUCACCCCCCCCCGCGGCACCGCUCCAGGGGGAGCCCCUCGGGGCUGCCCGGACGGGGGACAAGCUGCCCCCGGGGGAGCUCCCCAGGCCGGAAUGGGGCACCAGCAGGGUUGGGGUGCGGGCAGUGCCCCCGUGGGCACCCCGAUGAGCCCCUGCCCCGCGCAGGCUGUGGCAACAGCGCCCUGAGCCACGACCUGCACGAGCGGGGCUACCCCGACGUCACCAGCGUGGACUUCUCCCCCGCCUGCAUCGCCGCCAUGCGCGCCCGCUACGCCCGCUGCCCCCGCCUGCGCUGGGCCGUCAUGGACAUCCGCGCCCUCGCCUUCCCCGACGCCGCCUUCGACGUGGUGCUGGAGAAGGGCACCCUCGACGUCUUCAUGGCGGAGGAGACCGACCCCUGGCACGUCUCGCCCCGGGCAGCCGCCGACAUGCACCGGGCGCUGGCAGAGGUGAGCCGGGUGCUGCGCCCGGGGGGCUGCUUCAUCUCCAUCACCUUCGCCCAGCCCCACUUCCGCAAGCCCCACCUGGCCCAGGAGGCCUUCGGCUGGUCCCUGCGCCACGUGCCCUGCGGGGACGGGGACCCCGCUGCCUUCCACUACUUCCUCUAC